AUGUCGAGCGAAUUAAUUAGUUUUCUUUUCCCAAAGGUUCUUAUAUCGAAAGUUAUUCCGGUUCAAUUUGAAAGACGCGACGAGGAUCUGCGAAAAAGGGCACAUAUAAAAAAUUAUUACUAUAAAGAUUAUCAUAAAAGAAUCAGUGAUGAUAAUAUUGGGAUAAAUCCUCGAAGUACUCCAAAUGAGAAUCCAAAAAUCUGUAUUAUCGGUGCCGGAACAGCUGGUCUACUUACAGCUCUUCUUUUAAAAGAAGCUGGUAUUGAAGAUGUUACUAUUCUUGAAUAUCAAGAUCGUGUUGGUGGACGUGUUCAUACCCACUAUUUUACAGAUGAUCCUAAUGAUGAUAGGCGUUUAUAUGGUGAACUUGGUGCAAUGAGAAUACCUUAUGUUGAUGGUCCAAAUAAUAAAAUGAUGACUAAAAAUUUCACCAAAACCGCCAAAGUUACUCAAUUAGGCUACCCUGAUAAAAUCCCAGAUGACUAUGUUAAUUAUUUUGAUGAAGCAUUAUCACCCUUUUUUGAUGAACUUGAUAAAAAUUUUACAAGUGGUCUUGAAGCUUUAGAAGAGUAUGAUUAUUAUACUACCUACACUUAUUUAAGAGAAGUCUAUCUUCCUAAAAAAUUACCAACAAAAUCGGAUGAUUAUGACGAAAUUAUUAAAGCUAUUGAAAUAAAUAAAAUGGGAAUAGGUGAAUUCAAGUAUGGCUUAGUUGAUAUAGCUAUGGAAGAAUACACUUUUAAUCCUAAUUUUAAUUUAAGUUGGACAACUAUUGAUAAAGGAAUGCAACGAUUACCUAAUGCAUUCUUACCACUAAUUAAGAAGGCGAAUUAUACUUUAAAAUAUAAUUCUGAAGUUUAUAAAUUGGAAAAGACUGAAGAUGGUCAAAAGGUUAAAGUUCAUUGGAAAUCUAAAGGAAAGAAAGAUUCUGAUGUCUUUGAUAGAGUGGUUGUUACAGCUCCUAUAGGUUGUACCCGUCAUUGGGAUUUACCUUCAACAUUAUCAUAUGAUAAGCGACGUGCAUUACGCGAAUUCGAUUAUCUAAACGCUGGAAAAAUAUUUUUACAAUUCAAGAGUCGUUUCUGGGAAAAAUCCCCUCUAGAAACUGGUGCUUUGCAAACGACCUCAAACGUUGGUAUUGUCGGUGGAACCACAUCAACUGAUCUUCCUGUUCGUACUGUUGUAUACCCUUCAUAUUACCAAGGUCUACCUGAAGAUGGCCCUGGAGUACUAUUAGCUUCUUAUACUUGGGAUAAUGAUGCUUCAAAAUAUGCUCCAUUCACUGAAGAAGAAUGUUUUGAACUUGCAUUAAAGGAUAUAGUAACUCUUCAUGGUGAGAUAGCAAGAAAAGAAUGGAUUCCUGGUAAAGAAAAUAAUAAAGCUCAUUAUUGGCCAAAUGAUAAAACUGUUGUUGGAGGCGCUUAUGCUAAAUUUGGAGUUGGGCAGGUAAAAUAUUUGAUGGGUGCAAUGAUGAGAUCUGAAGAUUUUAUACAUUGGGCAGGUGAACACACUGAUAUACAUAAUGCUUGGAUUCUUGGUGCUCUAAAUUCUGGUGUUAGAGUAGUUAAAGAAAUAUUACAAGAUAAUUUAAUGAAUGAUAAAUGGAUAGAAUUAAAAAAUUCGAGAUUGUUAAAAUAUUGGAAUGGAAAUUUAGAUGCUUAUAAAGGAUAUUAA